AUGCCUACUAUACACCCACACGAAACUAUGCGGCUCUUGCAGUAUAGCGAAAGCGGAAUGCUCAGCACCCAUAGCUUCGACGAUGGCGACAUACCCCCUUACGCGAUACUCUCACACACCUGGGGUGCAGAUGGCGACGAAGUGACAUUUGCAGACCUCCAGACAGGCGGUAGCAAGACAAAGCUAGGCUAUGAGAAGAUCCUCUUCUGCGGAAAACAGGCACGGCGCGACAACCUCCAGUACUUCUGGAUUGACACGUGCUGCAUUGAUAAGAAUGACAAGGCUGAGCUUGCCUUUUCCAUCCGAUCGAUGUUUCGCUGGUAUCGUAACGCGGCCCGAUGUUAUGUCUACCUAUCUGACGUUGCUGGAAUCAUGAUCUAUUCUGGUGAAUCAGCCGAAUCGUCAUGCGACUAUACCGCCUUCCGCCGCAGCAGAUGGUUCACUCGUGGUUGGACACUGCAAGAACUCAUUGCGCCACCCGUGGUAGAUUUCUUCUCUAAAGAUGGGCAAAAACUAGGUAGCAAGUCAUCACUGUUGCCAGUGUUAUGUGAAAUUACGCGCAUACCUGAGGCAGCACUACAGGGCACGCCUUUGUCCGAUUUUACGGACCGCGCGUAUUCCCUUAUGGGAAUCUUGGGAGUCAGUUUAUCGCCGUUUGACGAUGAGAGUUCAGCUGAAGCGAUGAAACGAGUUACAGAUGAGGUCGACAAGCAAAAUAAGUGUCUUCAAGAUAUACGCCGGACAGAUCCUCGGGACGACAAGAAGCGCAUCGAGGAUACUAAGGGCGGUCUUCUCGCAGACUCCUACCGCUGGGUGCUUGACAACCUUACUUUCCAGCAAUGGCAACAGCGCCUGGAUAGCCGACUAUUGUGGGUGAAAGGCGACCCUGGCAAAGGAAAAACAAUGUUACUGUGUGGCAUCAUCGACGAACUGCAAAAUGGUAUACCUCGGACUGCUCUUCUGCUGUACUUCUUCUGCCAAGCGACAGACUCGCGCAUUAAUAGUGCCACAGCUGUGCUACGAGGCUUGUUGUACAUGCUCCUGCGCCGACAACCGUCGCUUAUAUCGCAUGUCAGCAAGAAGUACGAUGACGCAGGCAAAGGCUUGUUCGAGGACGCGAAUGCCUGGGUCGUCCUGUCAGAGAUCUUCGCCGACGUGCUGCAAGAUGUAAGCCUAGGCACAACGUACCUAAUCAUUGACGCGCUGGAUGAGUGCGUGACAGACUUACCAAAAUUGCUCAGUUUCAUCGUGAAGCAGUCGUCUGUGUCCUCUCACGUCAAGUGGAUAGUGUCUAGUCGCAACUGGCCAGACAUUGAAGCACAGCUCGAGCGCGCAGGACACAAGAUGAAACUAAGCCUUGAGCUUAACGCAGAGUCGGUCGCUGCGGCAGUUGACGUCUUCAUCGAGCAAAAGGUAGACCAGUUAGCGCAAGAGAACAAGUACAAAGGGGAGCUUCAACACGCCGUGCUCCAGCACUUGAAGUCGAAUGUGAAUGAUACCUUCCCCUGGGUUGCGUUGGUGUGCCAAGACCUCAAAGCAACGCCGAGGUGGAGCGUGCUCAAAAAACUAGCCCAGUUCCCACCUGGACUGGACGCUUUGUACAAUCGGAUGUUACAGCAGAUAAGCGAGUCUGGUAGCGCGGAUAUGUGUCUGCGGGUACUGGCAGUGACUGCUGUCCUGUAUCGACCCGUCACAGUCGCUGAACUAGUUGUACUUACUGAGCAGCUUGCAGACCUUGUUAAUGACCUAGAGUCUGUGCGGGAGAUCAUUGGUCUCUGCGGAUCGUUCCUCACGCUGCGUGACGACACAGUUUACUUUGUGCAUCAGUCAGCGAAAGAAUUCCUCGUCACAAAAGCCUUAGACAAGGUCUUUCAAGAUGGUAUAGAACGUGUACAUCAAGACAUUUUUGUACAAUCACUUUCUAUUCUGCAGAAAACAUUAGACCGAGAUAUAUAUAACCUCCAAGCACCCGGAUAUCCUGUGGGAAACGCCAAGCCGCCUCUUCUUGAUCCUCUAGCCGUGUCGCGCUAUCCAUGUGUGUACUGGGUUGAUCACUUCUGCGACUCAAAACACAAUUCAUUAACACACAGUGUUGCUAAUCAAGGAGACACCAGAACUAUAGACGUAUUCCUUAGGCACAAAUAUCUCUACUGGCUAGAAGCGCUUAGCUUAUGCAGAGGCAUGGCCAAAGGGGUAGUCUCGAUGACAAAACUGUGGCAUGUAGUCCAGGGACUCGGAGAUGCAGAUGCGUUGAACGAGAUUGUAGACGACGCACGAAGAUUCAUCAUGUACCACAAGGAGGCAAUUGAGAACUAUCCUUUACAAGCGUACGCAUCUGCUCUGCUAUUCAGUCCAGCAGACAGCAUAAUAAGAAGACUAUUCCAGCACGAAAGGCCAAGAAGAGUGGUUCUCAAGCCAGCUACAAGCAACGGCUGGAGUGCGUGCCUGCAGACGCUCCAGGGUCAUAGGGAUGAUGUUACCUCAGUAGCCUUCUCGCACGACUCGACCUGGCUAGCGUCAGCGUCUUUAGACUGGACUGCCAAGAUAUGGGACCUAAGUACAGGGAUGUGUCUGCAUACACUUAAUGGUCAUAGCGAUUACGUUAGGUCAGUAACCUUUUCGCACGACUUGAAAUGGCUAGCGUCAGCAUCAAAUGACAGAACCGUCAAGAUCUGGGAUGCGAGUAGCGGGACGUGUGUGCAGACGCUUGAGGGCCAUACCCAUUGGAUCUGGGACGCAAGCAGCGGAACAUGCCUGCAGACGCUCGAGGGCCAUAGCAGUGGCCUUAGCUCAGUGGCCUUCUCGCACAACUCAACCUGGCUAGCCUCGACGUCUGGCGACAGUACUAUCAAGAUAUGGGACGCCAGUAGUGGGACGUGUCUACAUACCCUUGAUGCUGGCACAUUUUUUCUACGGUUGUCUUUCGAUUCUACUAGUACUUUACUCCAUACAGAAAAAAGCACUAUUUCUAUCUCUAUCUCUAGCUCACAGACUACAGACCGCAUUGACACUACAACAUUAAAAUUGCAGUACCAGGGUGCUGGUAUAAGUUCAGAUUGCAAGUGGGUCAUGUACGCUGGUAGUAACAUAUUGUGGAUACCGUCUGAAUAUCGACCGUCAAGCUCGGCUGUGAGUGGGACCCGAGUAGGUAUAGGAGUAGGAUCAGGAAGGGUCUGGUUUUGUCAAGUGACUUAG